AUGUCCAGUUAUGCUAACGAGGUGGGCAAGGCAUUUCGCACAUUGGUGCCAGUCAGCUCGGUGUGGGCCAGCUACGCCGUGGCCACUGCAUACGAGUUUGCUGAUGCAUUUGACAAAGGCAGGAAAGCAGCUGUGGCUCACACUGAGGAUAAUGGAAAGGUGGUGCGGGUGGCCAUUGCUGUGGUUGACACGUUCGUCUGCCAGGCUUUGGCUUCAGUGGCCAUUCCUGGAUUCACAAUCAACCGCAUUUGUGCCGCGUCGUUCUUCCUGCUGGGAAAAACCACACGCUGGCCACUUCCUGUGCGCAAGUGGACCACAUCCGCCAUUGGCCUCUCCACCAUCCCAUUCAUCAUCACACCUAUUGACAGGUGA